AUGGCCAUCGACAAGUUGGUCACGGAGCCAAAGCUCCUCUCCGCGCUGGAGAUCUCGGACGAAACACGCGACCAAGCCAACACACUCAUCGACCUCAUCGAGAAUUAUGCCGAUGAGCCGAUGACCGCCGCCCAGAAGACCGAAAUGGCCAAGCACCAGACACUGAUAUUCACAAACAUUGCGCAUCUGCGUGGGUUGCAUCGCUACGCAUGCAUUUCAGCCCGCGAGACUAAGGCUACGACUGCCGAGGCAAGACAAGAGGUUGACCGGCUACAUCUACAACUGCAAAAUCUCUAUUACGAGCAGCGCCACCUCCAGAAUGAGCUGUCUAGCUGCGAAAGUUUCGACCACAAAUAUCAGCAACUCCCUCUGAUUCCCGUUGAAAACUUCCUUGAGAGGUUCCCUGAGCACAAGGACGACGAUGAAAACACGUUGAUGUUCGCCAGAAUCGACCACGAGAGAACCGAGCGUGAGGCCCUGGAGCAGCAGCGCCAGGAGCUCUUGAAACGGAAGCAGAAGCUUAUUGCGGACAACAAGCGAAGAAAGGAGGACCUGGCAAACCUGGAUAAUGAACUAGAGAAGUUCAUUGACGCUGUAAAACCAAUUCAGAAGCUCUUCGAGAAAGAA